GUGAGCCCACUUCAGCAGGUGAUCUUCAGUGGGGUUCUGAAUGUUAUUAUUUUGAACACCAAUGAUAAGAAGGUAACAGGUGAUAAAUUUAUUACUUGUACUAUUAGCUAAACCCUUUUUUGAAAUCAUCAGGUACACCUGGGUCUCUUGGAAAAAAAUGAGAAUAAAAUCCCCGAGAUGCUAGAAAUUCUUCAGCACUGUAAUGAGGAGUAUGUUCCAACUAAUGCUGACAAGUCCAGAAUUCUUCAAAAGAUACCGCUUGGUGGCGACCAUUUAACUGUUGAGCGGGCUGUCAGUGCUGUUAACGCCGUUGCUGAUGCAGAUAGCCCUUAUGAAAGACUCCAUGGCCUUGUGCUAAAACAUGAAGAUUUUCAUUGUGAGAUGAAUUUUCUACAGGUGAUAAAUAAAGCAAUAUGCUCCAUUUAACAUAAAACUUUGUCCUUAUUGGAUUUCCAUUACUGCUUUUUUAAUGGUCCACUUAUCUUAACAAACAUUAGUAACUCUAACUGCACUGGUGGAUAAUUGGUUAUUUUAUCAGCAAGAAAUUUAUUUUAUAUGUUAUUUUGGAUAAUCCUAUAAAUAAAGUAUGUAUUACUUUAAAUACAAAUUUGCAGAUGCUGUUUGAUUAUCUCUACGAAAGCCAGUCAGUGGGAGACUUGGGAACCCUGUAUCAACUAAAAACAAGAUUGAACAGAAAAGACGUGUGUGACAAAGUAAACAAAUCAUAUCAUGGAUGUGAAGCAUUCUUCAACUUCGUUGUAGAUGGGUAUAUAGUAUAUGCAGCCAUGGUAUUUUUUGGCAUGGCAUCCCCAAACAGUACUCCCAACUCAAACCAACUGGAACCUGGUGCCACAUCACAGACACAGUUGUUUGACGCAGUAGAGAAACUUGUGGAGAAGUAUGUCCUUCUUGAAGCGCAACCUGCAGCAGUACUCUUCACUGAUAUACAACAAUCAGAACAUCCCCAAAUUUUUAAGUGUAGGUACCCAGAUUGUAACAGAGAAUAUCAACACGAGAAACGGAGAAACAACCAUGAAGUUACAGUGCAUGGCCUGAACAUAACAAAUCAUGAGCAAAAUGAAAGAAGUCCCCCAGAUCCACGCAAUGAAGAUGGGAUUUUCAAUUAUUCGCAUAACAUUGUCAAAACAGGUCUUCUUUUCAACGAUUUUCAAGAUGCAAUUAAAGAGGGUGAUGGAGGAAGAGUUGAAUACCUAUGGAAAUUUAUGAUGCUGUUGUUUAAAGUGAGUGGGAAGACAAAAUAUGCUUUGGCAGCUGUAAGGCUCCACGCACAACUUCAUGCACUACUUACACCAAAAGAGGCCCAUUCUCUCCGCUGGAACCAUACUGUAAAUCUCAAAGGUGGGGUGGGGAGAAACAUUGCAAUUGAUCAAGCCAUGGAGCAUUGUGUGAGAGACACGAAGCAGCUGAUGUAUGGCCAAGGUGCAAACCUUUCUUGCAAGGUGGCUCAGACCUACAGCAGGGCUAGUGACGAUGUCAAGUCCAUCAUGAACAAUUUUGAUCAGACAACUAAUGUCCGCAGAGAGUCAACAAAACACAAAAGAGGGAAAGAUUCAGACAUCACUACCAUUGUCAACAUUUUAAAGGAAAUUGAAGCAUUUUGUGAAGUUCCUGGAAGAACACACUCUAAUGUUGGAUCCAUCCCUAAAGACCCCAUAUCUGUUCUUGACUUUGCAGACUUAAAUGCAUGGCUAACAAAGCACAAGAAGAACUGGGUAAAUUCAGUUUAG